GGAAUACGCGAAGAUCAAGGCCGUGACAAGAGUGAGCCUGAAGGCGCUGGACAACCAAAUUACGGUCAUACUCGGUACCGAUGGCGCAGGGAAGUCAACGCUUCUGAGGCUGCUAUCGGGAAACGUUCCUCCCACUUCGGGUCACGUGACGGUCUGUAACAUGGACACGGUGCUCUCGAGACCCAUGGUUCGCACGGUGGCCUCGUUUUGUCCACGGCUGGCCAUGUUCAGCGUCGACAUGAAUGUCUGGGAGCACCUCCUGCUCUACGCUGUGCUCAAAGGGGUGCCGCUCAGGAACAUUCGGAGGAGGGCGAGGGAAGUGCUGUCGGAUGCCGACUUCAACGAGAAGAUACAGUCGUUCCCACACCUCCUCUCCGAGAGCGCCCAGCAGCGGCUGCACUUGGCCAUCUCGCUGCUCAACAAGCCUCGCGUGCUGUUCCUGGACGAGCCCACGUGCAAGUUGGACGAGGAGGCUCGCCGCGAAGUGUGGACCCUGCUGGAGAGACUGCGCACCAGCUGCGCCAUCGUGAUGACCAGCACGAUGACCGAGGAGGCGGACAUGGUCGGCGACCGCGUGGCUAUCAUGUCGCACGGUCGCGUGCGCUGCAUCGGGACGCCCACCUUCCUCAAGCAGGCGCACGGGACGGGCUACGAGAUACGGUUCCCGAAGACCGAGAAGGUCUUGAACGUGCAGGACGACCUGUUGUCCAUCGUUCGGCAGCGCACAGGGCAGGCGCGGUUGUCGCAGACGCCCCGCAACGUGGUCAUCUCGCUGGGCACCCGGGACGCGCGUGGCUUUACCCAGAUGUUCAAACACAUCGAAGAGUUCUGCCGCUCCCACGGCAUCUACGACAUAGGCGUCACCUUCUCCACGCUCGAGGACGUGUUCAUCAAGAUGUCUACCGAACCGGACAACGUAGAUCUGAAGAUUAACACCGAUCUAGAAACUAGCGGCAAUCAGGCGUUUUGCGAGGAGCCCGUCCUGACGCCUUCGUUCGGCGGCCAGCUGGCGGCGCUGCUGUCCAAGCGCCGCGCCAUGCUUGCCAUCGACCACGCCGCGCCGCUCAUGGUGUACUUUCUCUUCGCCGCCAUGAUGUUCUUCAUGGAGUACUUGCAGUCCGGACCGGCCUGGCUCGUUCAUCUCUUUCCGGAUUAUGUGACGCCGCCACGCGACAUAUCAUUCCUGCGCCAGGAGAUGACCUCGGAGCUCGGCGUCAACAUUGACAUCGGCACCAUGUACCCGAAAACCGUGACGUUCUUGCGAGGGACAAGCGAGCUCAGCGCUCACUACUACCUGCCGCUCAUCCGGGAUGUCACCACCAUCUGGACCAUCGACGCGGAGCCCGAGGAUGAACUGGAUCACCUGAGCCGUAAAGACUUCUUCCGCUACUCCCGGAGAUACGUCAUUGGAGCCGACUUCAGUGAUCCCGGCCGACCGCAGGCGUGGUGGAAUCCGUACGUGCCGUACAGCAAGAGCAUCGCCACGUCGCUCAUGAACAGCGCGCUGCUCCGCUACUACAGCGGAGACACGAGCGCCAUGUUCCGCAUUCAUCUGCGGGCCUUCUCCAGGAGAUCGGCCAACACGCCGCUGCACGAAAACAUCGCGCACACGGUGCUUCGCGACACCACGGGCUUCGUGGAGCGCGGCCUGCCUUCGCUCAGCCCUUGGCGCAAGCUGAUGCUUCCGCCCAUCAUGGGCCUGGCUGGGGCCGCGUUCGCGGUGGCGCCCGUCACCGAGACGGCGUCGGGCUCCAAGCGGCUGCAGCUGAUGACGGGCGUGCCGGGCUACGUGUACUGGCUGAGCCACUACCUGUUCGACGGUUUCUUCUACGCGCUCCUCUGGAUCACGGCCGCCGUCGUAUUCGCGGUGAACAACAGCGUGCGCGCCGACACGGCCGGUACGGACGAUGACGCUCAGCGAGCCAUAUGA